CAAAUCUGUUCAAUAUUGAAGAAAAACCAUAAGCAGAGAACAAAGGAUCUAGCGGCGAGUAAGGCAAAAAUAUGUUCAAAGCAGGAGUUGUUGGUGACAUUCAAACACACAGCACGAAGAAGAACCUCGAGCCGCCAGGUAAAAAUGCAUAUAUCCUAACUGUGGUAUUGCCAAAGAGAACCAGUAAUCAGAAAUGUUUUAGCCACUGGACAUGUAAAGAAAAGGUGUUGCAGCGUUUCGACAUUGUCGCAAAACAUGCACAGAGGGGAGGGAGCCAUGCCAGUGUCUGCUCUUCAUAUUUUGUUUUGGUCAGAGCACCAUCAACAUACAUUUGCCAUAGGAAAAAUCUGUAUCUUUAGAGGUAACUUGUCUUUCCGAUAUUUGGUCCUGCAACUCUACUUUCAGGCAAAACAUAAAGGAGGAUUUGGUAGAGUAAGAUCCCCUUAGAUCCCAAACUCCACCAAAAAUUUCAUCAGAUAGACCAUAUCUAGGUAAGGAUUGUGCCUGGAAAACAAUCUUAUUCCACCGUUUCGUAAGCUCAGGAUACAGUCUCCUCCUGAAAAUUGGGUGAAGAGUUAUUAUAUGUGAGAAAAAAAGAGAAAUGGUACAAUCCUGCUCCUGACACAAGUCAAAGAGAAGAGGAUGGAAAUUUGUAAUUUCUUAAAUGUAAAAUUUGUUUCGUUCACUUGCAGGUGUGAAGUGCUGCUAACUUGGUUCAAGCGUGGAGCAGCAAAUUGUAAAGUCUGAGUAUAAGACUUGGUCAGAGUUUGACUGGUUCUCUGUAUCACAACAACACAAAUUUUUUAACAUACAGGGACAGAAAGAUGGCUGCAACACCAAGAUGGAUACGCUAGAAACAGCUAGAAACAAGCGCUUCGAUGGUUCCAACAGCUAGAAACAGGCGGCUGCUGGAUGGAGAACAAGACGGUAAUGAUAUCUCCACUCUAAACUCCAAGAAAUCUCCAUUGCACCAUCACCAAAGAACUCAACUAUGGCUGCCACCAGGGAGGAGUUGUUGGGCGUUGCCGAGCCUGCACCACUGCCCCCGCCGACCCACGGUGACUCCCAGAAACCACAGAAUGACCUGUCCCUGGCUUAUAUCGUGCGCAUGCUCAUGGAGGAUGACACCGUUGACACGUUUCCAGACCAGUACCCUGACCACCCGAAGCUCCUGCAGGCCGAGCAGAACUUCGCUCAGAUCCUCUCUGCAGCUAACAUCACCUCAGCUCCCGGCGGUGCGCUUGACACCGCCUUGCUGCCCAGCAGAGACAACAACAACAACAACAGUACGCUGUUUCCUGGUGAGAACAGCAGUACCAGCAAGGCAUUCUUCAAAGGCAUGGUGGAUGCCAGCAUGUUGUUGCCCAGAGACAAUGGGGUAUUGGAUGGUAGGGGGUAUAAGAAAAGGUUUGACAUGGAUGAUGAAACAGAGGCAGGCAGGGGCAGGGGCAGGAGCAGGACUGACUCUGAAGAGGAGGACACCGCACUCAAGAUGUUGGACCGGCUCAUCCUCAAUGGCUAUGACAAGUACCCCGGUGAGAUGCAGGAUGUACUAAUCACUCUGGACAAGGAGAAGAACGCAACACAGAAGAGAAUCCGCUGGCGUGGGAGGGGCGGUGCGAGGCAGACCGAGACCACAGUGACUGACCUAGAAACACUGCUGAUCCGCUGUGCGGAAUCAGUCAGCAGAAACGACCGGCACAGCGCGAUCGAGGUGCUGGAGCGGAUCAAGCGGUACUCCUCGCCAAGGGGGGACGCUAGGCAGCGUGUGGCGUAUUACUUCGCCCAGGGGCUGGAAGCACGGCUGGCCGGCACAGGGAGCGAGUUGUACCGCUCGCUUGUUGGGAAGCACACCUCCACCUUGGAGCUCGUCCAGGCCUACCAUCUGCAGAUGGCCACAUGCUGCUUCGUCAAUGUGGCUUCGCUCUUCUCCAACUAUACCAUUUACAACGCUGUUGCUGGUAGGAGAAAGCUACACAUUGUGCAUUAUGGCAUCAUCACCGGGUACAAGUGGCCAGAGCUGAUCCAGAGGCUGGCAGACAGGGAGGGUGGGCCACCAGAGGUGAGGUUCACUACCAUCAACAAUCCUCAGCCUGGGUUCUGUCCGGCUGAGCUAAUCAAGGAGGCAGGUCACCGGCUCAGUGCUUGCGCAAGCAAGUUCGGCGUGCCAUUCAAGUUCCAUGCUGUCGCAGCCAAGCUGGAGUCUGUCCAGGCUGAGGACCUCCACUUUGAUCCCGAUGAGGUGCUCAUCGUCCACAGCCUAUUCCAGUUCAGGACAAUGCUAGACGAUAACCUCACCGGUGACAAGGUAAACCCAAGGGACAUGGUGCUCAACACUAUCAGGAAGAUGAAGCCAUCCGUGUUCGUACAUGCCGUCGUCAAUGGAUCAUACAGCGCGGCUCUUUUCAUGACGCGGUUCCGUCAAGCGUUGUACUACUUCACGGCAUUGUUUGACAUGAUGGAUACUGCCAUUCCACGGGGCAACGAUAAGAGAAUGCUGGUGGAGCGGGACAGUUUUGCUUGGUCUGCGAUUAACAUGAUCGCCUGUGAAGGCACAGACCGGGUGGAGCGCCCUCAGAACUACCGGGAGUGGCAGGCGCAGAACCAGCGGGCAGGGCUGAGGCAGCUGCCGUUGGACUGUGAUAUUGUUCUGAGUCUCAAGGAUGAAGUGAAGAAUAAGUACCACACACAUUUCAUGGUUUACGAGGAUCACCGGUGGGUUCUGCAGGGAUGGAAAGGCCGGGUGCUAUGUGCCCUCGCGACAUGGACAGUUGAUGAUACUAGUGCUUCUGAAGUGACAUAGAUAGAUACUAGAUUUAUGCACCAAAGGAUAUACAUUUGAUCUGGUGACUUUAUCAUUGUUUUGUUUUAUAGGUGUUUAUCUGUGCAGCAUCAGUUGUGAAGUGACAUAGAUUCAUACCAAUGGAUGCUUUUGUGAAGUACGGCCAAGAACAUUUUUAUGCAUCUGAUUGGUCAAAACUCUUAUACGUUACAUAAUGAAAAUCUAAUGUGCAAUCUGCA